AUGGUUGCGGCGAUCGGCUUUGCCUGUGACGGCGGCACGAGCGACCACGGGAGGUCCACCCCCGCUUCGCCCCGGUCGCUGAAGGCGCUCCGGGCGCUGAGUGGCGGCGCACGCGUGGCUUCCGCGAAGAGGAGCAAGGUGCAGGCCAAAGAUGAGCCAGCAGACCUUCGAAGUCAGAAGCCAUCGCGGCGUCUUGCUUGGACAGCCGAUGAGGCCCUCUGGCUGGCGGAUGACUUCAUUACCCCCGUGGAUCGCCACCUACUCGGUGAGGUGGCAGCCCGCUUUCCACCGCAGUUCAAUGAGGAUCCUCCCGAUCGCUCCUUUGCUCCUCACCGCGCAGCGGUGAAAUCACUGGAGCGCAAAGCAGACGAGGAGAGUCGGCGGCUUUCUGCCCGAGUGCCCGUGGCCACUGCCGACCUCUCG